GGGGUAGGAAAAAAAAUAGGUGACUGUCACCUCAAACCAGUCUCCCCACGGAGUAAGUAGGUCAUCUCCAAGGUUACUCGUUUUCGGAACGAGAGGUAUAAACAUUUCAUCACUUCAUCACAGUUUUUAAAUUCUCUGAAUGUAAAUUCAUCAGUUUUGCAGCUCAAGAUAGAAUAAUGAAAUCAGACGCGUACGGUAAAAUUUUCCUUUGGCCACCUCUUUUCGUUACUUAUGCUCCCAUCCUUUUCCUUUUGAUGGCGAUGCUGUGUUGCAGAAUUCCACUGGAUCGUGUUAGCCGCUGGGUUACCACAAAUGCAUUUUCCGAUAUAUUCAAGGAGAAGAAGAGGAAGACUUGUUGUCCUAGAGAAACAAAGUGGCUGUUUAAAGACAUUGAUAUGACAGAUGAUGAGGAAUUAUUAUCCAAGGUCCGAACCAGAUUUUUGAUGCUGUUUUAUGUGAUGUUUGGCUUAGUGCUGACAAUUUUUUGGCAGCUGCUUGUGCGGGAUGUAAGUUACGACUGCGAUGAAGAUGACCUCUCGAAAGACUGCUUCGAACGCAAAUGGAGUUUGAAGUCGCAAGACCCCCUAAACUGUAGCAGUGCUGCCGUUCAAAAUUUGAUUCGAAAUGGAACCAUACAGGUCAUCUGCAACAAAAUCGUCUUCAAUUUUGGAUUGGCCACAGGUGCAAGUUACGGCUCAUUCAAGCUGUCUAUGUUGGCCGUUAAGGUGAGCACAAGUGCAAUCUUGAAACAAGUUAUGUUCAGUCGCUUAAGUGUUGUUUCCUCAACUAGUUCAGGUAGUUACUCGGAGUAUUUCAAGUCUCUGCUUCAAUCUUUGCUGAUCAAAAAAACAAAGAUUCUACGAUGGGUGCAAGUUUCUGUUGUAUUACUAGUUCUCGGUACUGUCAUAUCGCUUAUAGUUGUUGAAACAGUAAUCCCUUCGGUAGCCAUCUUUUUUUUGAAUCACUUGGGUGCUAUUGCUCAGAUGAUAACAACAGCAAUCAUUGCAGCUGUCUUCCUAUGCUUUAUUCCUUGGCGGGAGCUCAUUGAAUUGAAAACCCAGAGAGAAAACCAGCAAGAUACUGUCCUGGAAAACCCUGCUUAG